AUGGGUGGCGGUAACGCUCAAAAGUCCGCCAUGGCGCGGCAAAAGAACGCCGAGAAGGCCGCCAAGGAGGGCCAGGGCGGAGGAGGCGCCGCCGGCAUGAAGGCGCGGUCUGCCGACUCCUCGGUGCAUGCAGCCGCCAUCGCCGAGCGGAGUGCUCUGCAGGCACAGCGGGAGGAGCGCGAGCGGCUCAAGAAGGAGAAGGAGGCGGCGGCGGAAAGGAAGGCCAAGAAGCUCGCCGCCAGCGACGGCAAGGGAGCCCUCGGUGGCGACGACGCGGCGGCCGCCAAAAAGAAGAAGGCGGCGGCCGCAGCCGCCGCCCUUGCGGCGGCGGGCGGGGCUCCGGCCCCGAAGAAGAAGAAGGAGCCCAAGGCGGCGGCGGCGGCGGCGGCGGAUGAGGCCGCGCCGGCGCCCGCCGGCGAGGUCGAGGAGGUUGCCGAGCCCGAGGUGGACGCCGACGGAAAGCCGGUCGACAUCCCCGAGCGGCCGCCGCUGAGCGAGGAGGAGCUCGCCGCGGUCCGCGCGUCCAUCGAGGAGCGGGAGCGCAUCUCGGCGGCCUACGAGGCUGGCGAGGCGGCGACGAGGGCGGCGGCGGCCGAAGCUGAGGCCGCGCGCGCCGUGGUCGCCUCCAAGGGCGCCGGCUGGAAGGUGCUGCGCGAGCGGGCCAUCCGCGCGGGCGCGGCGGCGAUGGCGGCGGCGGCGGCGGCGGGCAAGGCCGAGGCGACCCUCGCGGCGCUCGAGUCGGUCCAGACGGCCGCAGAGGAGGCGCUGCCCGUGCUCUGCUCGUGCGUGCAGAACGCCGAGGUCGCGUCGACGCUGCGCGACUUCAUCAUCGACGCGCUCAAGAAGCCGGACAAGACGUUCGAGUGCGUGGAGGAGGUGCUGAUGACCACCUUCUGCAACCCGAUGGACGGCACGUCUCUCGCCUUUAUGAUGCCGAUCAUCAUCCGCGGCAUCAAGGACGCAAACUACGAGCUCGUCAAAAAGUCGACCGUCUGCGCGUCCAACUUGUGCGCCCUCAUCAAGGACUCGUCCGACAUCGCGCCGUUUGUGCCGCUGCUGCUGCCGCUCCUCGAGAAGAACGUCGAGCACUCGUCGCCGAACAUCCGCGAGGCGACGCAGACGGCGCGCGAGCGGCUGCUCGAAGUCGGCGCGUGCGUGCGCGACUCGCUUGCCGCGGCGGUGCCGUCGCUGCCCGAGCCCGUCGCGACGUACCUCUCGCACACGUGCGCCGCCCUGCUCGAGGAGCGGCUGGGCGGCGUCGUGCGCGUGCAGAACUUCCGCCACGCGGUGCCCGCCACGGAGCAGUGGGUCUCCUCCAUCGUCGAGCCGUACGCGACCGCGGAGGGCGGCGCGCUGGCGCAGGUCGCCACGGCGGCGGUGGAGAACUUCAAGUCGCAGCUGCCCGAGGAGGCGCGCGCCAUCCUCGCAAAGUCCGGCGACAAGGAUUUUGCGCUCGACAUGCAAAACAUCAUCCUCGCCUUCGCCGGCCGCGUGCUGCUGCGCAAGGCGGACGUGCGCUUCGAGCGCGGUCACCGGUACGGGCUAAUCGGCCAGAACGGGACCGGCAAGACGACCCUGCUCAACCGACUUGCCGCCAAGGACAUCAACGGCUUCCCUCAGGAGCUUCGCACCUGGUACGUCUGCACCGACGUCACCCACUACGACAACGGCGGCCAGCUCGGCAAGCCGUGCCGCUUCGUCUACUACCCGAUGACCUUCUCCGAGUUUCAGAAGCUCAAGCCCGAGAUCGCCGCCGGCCUCCCGCGCAUCGACAGCGGCCCGCCGAAGUCGGCCUCGCAGCCGGCGUCGGAGUGCUCCUUCAAGUACCCCGAGACGGACCGGUACAUCCUCAAGGAGGUCGACGCCACCGUCACGCUCGGCUCGCGCGCCGUGAUCGUCGGCGGCAACGGCUCAGGCCUCUCGACCCUCCUCGUGGUCGGGACAUGUCCGGGACACGCGCGCUUCCGGCAGGGCCUCGACGCGGAGGUGGCCAAGCUCAAGUCGAUCGCUCUCACCGACGACGAGAAGGCGGAGAUGGAGAAGGGCUCGGCCAUCUCCGCCAUCGUCGGCCGCACGACCUGCAACAAGCCGUGGUACGAGUUCCAGCAGCGCGGCAAGAUGAAGGCCGAGACGCAGUCGCUCCCGUUCGCCGAGAUCCAGCUGCGCUUCCCGCCGUACGUGCAGAAGCUCAUCAAAAACUACGACCAAAAGGCGCAGGCAAUCGAGUCCGGGAUGGCCAUCCGACCGAUCACCGAGGCCGAGCCGCACGUCAUCGCGCUCGACGAGCCGACCAACUACCUCGACAACGACUCGGUCGCCGCGCUCACCAAGGCGCUCAAGGACUUCAAGGGCGCCGUCGUCACCGUCUCGGAGAACGAGGCGUUCGUCAACGAGAUCUCGAACGAAAAGUGGGUCGUCGAAGAGGCUGCGGUCACGCUCGUGCAGCUGCGCGACGCGAAGGCACGCUGA